ACACACACACACACACAACUAUGUAUAUGGUUAGAUCUUUGAAUAAAUUUGAGUUACAAAUAUUUGAACUGCAUUUAUUUUCAGAAUGGUAUUGGUGAUACUUUCUCAGGUAGCUUCUAAUACUUGCUUGUAAUUCUGGUGUAUAGGUGCUGCUUUGAGUAAUCCGAAACUGGUUGCUGUGUCUAUACCAAACAGGAAUCAAAUAUGUAGAGUUGUUGUUCACUAGGUUCAUAAAAUGCCUAUUUUUUUCUGUCUGUCUGUGACUGGAAUAUAGUUGAACAUAGUUCACUGUAUUGUGGUCUGGCAAGCGUCAUUAUUGCAGUCUCAGGGUGGUCAUAAAACGGAGAGGCUUGCUGAGUUCCUAUUGGCUCACCAUACAUGACAGGCAGACUAAAACGGCUCAGUGGCUGUCAAGUUGUGUAGACAAGGUAUGGGGCUAGUCUGCCCAUUAUUACCUGGAUACAGAAAGGUGGAGAAAAAACCUAUGUGGAAGCUCCACAAACUCCAUAAUUCUUAUAAGCACAAGUUCACUUUUGUGAGUCUUAAUAUGCUUCUCCCCUGUUUAGGAAACAAGACACAUUUAUGGUGGGAAUAGUAUGGUCAGUGCCUAAGGGCAGAGGCACCACUUCCUUUUAUUGACUUGUCUUCUCUGCUGUGGACAUCUGAGAACUGGAUGACCAGCAGCCCUUCAGAUAUCUUUGUUGCAGGCUUUUUAGGAAUUUAAAACAGCACUUUGAAUUGCACCUGAAGAUAUACUUCAAGCAUCAGCAAUAUAUGUUUGAUAUGAGGGUCCAAGUUCACAGCAUCACAACUAUGUCCUGAAUUAGCUGAAGUAUUUAAAUGCUCUUCAAAAACAUUCCGACGUACAUUGCCUUGCAGUAAUCAAAAGUGGUUGUUAUAAAACCAUAGAUAACUGCACAAAGGCUGUUCAUUUUACAGAGGAAUACUCAGAGUUUCUAUCUCAUUAUGCCUGGAUUGCUAUGUAAAACGAAUCAAUCCAAAUGCUUUGAUUCCAAAUAGUGUCAUCAUCCUGAUGCAUCUGAAAUGAAGAUGUAAUGCCAUAAUUUAGAAUUUUGUGAUGGCAUAGAUGUUGGAAUAAUCCACUUCUGGUCACCAUUAUCAUUAAAUGCCACCAAAGCCACAAGUAAAAAAAAAGUUAAAAAUGAGGACAUAAAAACAGAACUCCAGCUUGUGAGUUCACAAACUGAAUCCUGGGAGUCCUACGUCCCAAAAUGUUGCUGCCUGCCUGCAACCUGUGGGUGGAGCCAAGACCCAAUCUGCUGACCUUUCGUUGGGAAUUAAAAACUUACAAUUCAGGCAUGGAACCCGUUGUGCUGGAGAAGUAGCAGCUACUGCAAACAACUCACACUGUAUAGUUGGGAUUGCAUAUAAUGCCAGAAUCGGAGGAGUACGGAUGCUAGAUGGUGAUGUUACAGACAUGGUAGAAGCAAAAUCACUUAGCCUCAAUCCCCAGCACAUACACAUCUACAGUGCUAGCUGGGGUCCCGAUGAUGAUGGGAAGACAGUUGAUGGACCUGCUUCUUUAACGCGCCAGGCCUUUGAGAAUGGCGUCAGAACGGGCCGAAACAGCUUAGGUUCCAUUUAUGUUUGGGCUUCUGGAAAUGGUGGAAGGAGUAAGGACCAUUGUUCCUGUGAUGGCUACACCAACAGCAUCUACACGAUCUCCAUCAGCAGCACAGCUGAAAGUGGGCGGAAACCUUGGUAUCUGGAAGAAUGUGCAUCUACACUUGCCACAACUUACAGCAGCGGAGAAUCCUAUGACAGGAAAAUAAUCACUACAGACUUGAGGCAGCGUUGCACAGACAGCCACACGGGAACAUCAGCAUCGGCACCUAUGGCUGCAGGAAUCAUUGCACUGGCCCUGGAAGCAAAUCGACUACUGACAUGGAGAGAUAUACAGCAUAUCAUUGUAAGGACUUCACGGGCAGGGCAUCUGAUUGCUAAUGACUGGAAAACCAAUGGGGCUGGUUACAAGGUUAGCCACCUAUAUGGAUUUGGAUUGAUGGAUGCUGAAGCCAUGGUGAUAGAAGCAGAAAAGUGGACAACAGUCCCUCCACAGCAUGUGUGUGUUGAAAAUACAGAUCGGCAAAUCAAAACAAUACGACCAGAUAAUAUUCGUAAUGGACCAGAUAAUGGUGUCCGUUCAAUAUACAAAGCGACAGGCUGCGCAGAUAAUGCGAAUCACCAUGUCAUCUACCUGGAACAUGUCGUUGUGCGCAUCACUGUCACACAUCCCCGGAGAGGUGACCUGGCAAUUUAUUUGACUUCGCCUUCUGGAACAAAAUCUCAACUAUUGGCUAACAGGUUAUUUGACCAUUCCAUGGAAGGGUUUAAAAGCUGGGAGUUUAUGACUACUCAUUGCUGGGGUGAGAAAGCAGCUGGUGACUGGAUUUUGGAAAUUUAUGAUACCCCAUCACAGCUAAGAAACGUCAAGACUCCAGGUAAAUUGAAAGAAUGGUCCUUAGUACUUUAUGGUACUUCUGUUCAGCCUUAUUCCCCAAGAAAUGAUUUCCCAAAAGCCGAACGAGUACGCUCAAGUCCAAUAGAAGACCCUACAGAAGAUUAUGGGGCAGAUGACUAUGCAGGUCCAUGCAAUGCAGAGUGCAGCAAAGUUGGAUGUGGUGGUCCAGGACCAGAUCACUGCAAUGACUGUCUACACUACUACUACAAAUCUAAGAACAACACGCGAAUCUGUGUUCCCAACUGUCCUCCUGGUCACUACAGCGCCGACAAGAAACGCUGUAAAAAGUGCUCACCCAACUGUGAAACAUGUUUUGGAAGCCACAGUGAUCAAUGUAAUACCUGUAAACCUGGUUACUAUAUCAAUGAAGAGUCCAGGAAUUGUGUUACCAGCUGUCCAGAUGGGUUUUACUUGGAUAAUAAUAAGAUUGUAUGCCGUAAAUGCAGUGAAAACUGUAAGACAUGCACUGAAUUUCAAACCUGCUCAGAAUGCAGACAUGGCCUAAGUUUACAAGGAUCCAGGUGUGUUAUCCGCUGUGAAACAGGGAAAUAUUACAAUGGCAGGGACUGUGAGCCAUGCCACCAUUCCUGUGCUUCUUGUGCAGGUCCAGGAGCAGAUGCUUGCAUAAAUUGCACCGAAGAGUAUCUUAUGGAGAAUGGAAGAUGUGUGCUGGCUUGUAACAAUGGCUACUACUUUGAUCACUCACUAGAAAAUGGAUACAAAACUUGCAAAAGAUGUGAUGCCAGCUGUUUUGGGUGCAGUGGUCCAGGAGAGAAAAACUGUACAAGUUGUCCAAAUGGCUAUAUCUUAGAAACAGGUCUCUGCACAGUUGGUCUAGUCUGUAAAGAUGGGGAAUAUGUCAACCCUCUUGGUCACUGUCAGUUCUGUGAUGAUUCCUGUUCUAAGUGCCCAGAACCAACGUCAGAGAACUGCACUGGCUGUACAAGUUCUUUGAAUGAUGGGCGCUGUGUUCUUCAGUGCCCUAAAGGGAAAUAUGAAUUUGAAAGUCAGUGUCAUUCGUGCCAUCAAACCUGCAUGGAAUGCAGUGGAGGCGAACCCGACCAGUGCUCUGCUUGUGGAAAAGAUAAGAAAGGCAACACACGCUUCCUGUACCUGGGAGAAUGCAGAGAAAGUUGCCCCCUGGGCCACUAUUCUUCAGACGAAGAGAACACCUGCCUGCCGUGCUUUGAGCACUGUGAAGUGUGCCCUGAUCAAACCAUGUGCGAAAGAUGCUUUGAUGGAUACUACCUGGCUGAUAAUAGUUGCCAGAAGCAUAAAUGCAGAAAAGGCGAAGCAGAGGAACUUGACUCGGAAGACUGCAUUCCUUGUGCAGAUGGAUGCCUCUCCUGCAGCCUGGAUGACCCAAGAGCCUGCACAUCAUGCAUUCAUAAUUAUUACAUGUACAAGCAGCAAUGCUAUAGAACUUGUCCUCAGAAUACGUACAAUGAUGAAAAGUCUCUCCUUUGCAUAGAGUGUCAACCAAAUUGCAGAAGCUGCGACAAAUAUGAGUGUUACUGGUGUAAAGAAGGGUUUUUCCUUCUAGAUGGGAAAUGUGUGAGUGAUUGUGGAGCUGGUUACUACAGCGAUGAGGUCACAGAAGAAUGUGAGCCCUGCCACCGGACCUGUGCAACAUGCAAAGGGUUCGACUCCAACGACUGUACCAGCUGCAAAGGAAUUUUACAGUUACUCCAUGGAAAGUGUGUGAACCUCAAAAGAAAGCAAGUAAAUAGGAAAUUCUGGAACGAGAGACUGAAACUGCCUACCUCAAAUGGCUUGGGCUCUGCAGACCUGAAAGACCUCUUCCCUUAUGUCCCUUCACGGUCCUUACGGUCAGCCGAGAACGAUCUCUUGUUGGUACCAUCCGUGCACCAAAUCCAGACGGAAAGGGCACUUAAAGAGGCGUUCUCGGUGGCUGCUCCACAGUUGUGGAAGUCCUUUCCCCUGGAGGUUCGCCAAAACCCAAUUGUCUGGAAACGAUCAACAACUACUCAGUUUGAGCGAUGUGAUCCUUCAUGCCAAACCUGUGAGAAAACUGCCAGCACAUGCACUUCAUGUCCCCAAGAGAGAUUUCUUUUUGGCAAGUCUUGUAUCCACACUUGCCCACGAGGAACUUUUGGAAAUGUGAAGACAAGACGUUGUGAGUGUCACUCCGAUGCAGACAUACCACGCUAUUUGCACAAAGGCAAAUGCUUGCAGGAGUGUCCCAAGGGCUUUUUCACCAUAGAUGGGGCCUGCAGAGAGUGCGACAGACCUUGUAAUACGUGUGAAGGAAAUGCCACCAGAUGUCUGUCCUGUGAAAGUCCUUUUCUCCUAGAACAAACAGAAUGUAAACUUGCCUGCUCAGAGAAGCACUUUGCUGAUGAUGGCAUUUGUAGAGAUUGCCCUGAGAUGUGUCAGGAAUGCAUUAUCAAGAGCUCAUGUAAAGUGUGCCUUCCACCAUUUCACCUGCACAACGGGAAUUGUUUGCGUUCUUGCCCUCCUGACUUCUUUGCUGACUCCAACCGCUGUUUCCCCUGCCAUAAAGACUGCAAAAAAUGUGAUGGGCCAGAUUCCAAUGACUGCACCGAUUGCUCCUUUUAUCUAUACAAUGGUGAAUGUUUUUCAAAUUGUCCAGAUGGCACUUACUAUGAAGAAGAGACUGACAUCUGUAAAGACUGCGACAGGACAUGUCAGACCUGUUCUUCUUCCACUGACUGCCUUACCUGUGCAGAAGGUCUGUUGAUGACUACUUCAGGCCUGUGUGAGAUGCCCCAAGGCUGCUCCAGCACUGAGUUCUAUGAUGGAUACACCAAAGCAUGCAGCCCUUGUCACAGGAAGUGUUUGGAGUGUACAGGCCCUGCCGAAGAUCAGUGUUUCAGCUGUCCCCAAGAUACGCUUCUUCUCAAUGGAACCUGUGUUGAAGUCUGUCCAGAUGGAUAUUAUAUGGACAGGGAUGAAGGCCAAUGCCACACUUGCCACAGGACUUGUGAGACUUGCCAUGGGAAGCACAGCAGACAGUGCCUGUCCUGCCCACCAGGCUGGUACAAGCAAGAAAAGGGAUGUGUAUCAAUUUGUACAACUGGGUACUAUGCAAACAAUUCUACUGGCUCUUGUGAGAGGUGUCACAAAAGUUGCAAGAAGUGUAUGGGACCAGAAUCUACAGACUGUCUGUCCUGCGAUAAAGAUUUAUUCCUGCUGCACUCCAAAAAUGAAUGUCACAUUUCCUGUCCUGAAAAUUACUAUGCUGAUCGUGAUGCAGGCAGCUGUGAGCGGUGCCAUCCAACCUGCCGUACUUGCAGUGGGAAAGGACCACUCUUCUGCACAUCCUGUGUAUGGAGUUACCAUUUCGCUGCUGGAAUCUGCAACUCAGAAUGCUUGCUAGGAAAAUACAAAGCCUCAGAGGAGCACCCAGCAAGAUGUGAAAAAUGCCAUGAGACUUGCAUGCAGUGUAAGGGACCUGGCCCCGUCAACUGUACAGAAUGCCAUCUUAACAUGGAGUUCUACCUGGAUGAAAAUCGUUGUGUGCCAUGCUGUAAGAGUUCUGAACUUGGGCAAACUCAGGAGUGCUGUGACUGCAGUAAAAUGCGAGAUGAAUGUAUAUUACGCAUCGCAAACUUGCCAGAGGGAGCGAAAGGCAAAGCUGCAGCUUUGGUUGUUGCCAUACUCAUUUUGUUGCUCCUUGCCAUUGGAGCUCUUGUUUUCAUAUGGAGAAGAUCACGGGCCAAGCCUAAGCCAGUAAACCAAGGUGGAUAUGAAAAGCUGGGAGAUAAUGCAAAGGCACUUUCCUCUCUCAAAAGUAACCACUACCAGGGCACCAGUUAUUAUGAAGACCAAGUUAUUGAAUACAAGGACCGGGAUGAAGAUGAUGAUGAUGAUGACGACGACGAUAUUGUUUAUAUGGGCCAAGAUGGCACAGUCUAUCGCAAAUUUAAAUAUGGACUUCUAGAGGAUGAUGAAGUAGAUGAACUGGAGUAUGAUGAUGAAAGUUACUCCUUUAGAUAACCUUUAGUUAGAUUAUGUGUCACUUUGUCUUUCCUGCACACUCAGAAUCUCACCUGAAUGGUACAGCCAGCCAUUUACAAUAGAUAUAUUUGUGACUAUUGUAUGUGACUGUGGGUGGAUGUGGAAUCCUUACUGCUCUGAAGGAGGAGAUGGCAUUCAGCUUAUCAAGUAAUUAUAUGUAUACUAUCCUAAAUUAGCACCUUGUUAAAUGGCUAUCUAUAGCCACGCAGAAAUUUUUCAAAUAUAGUUUGGAUAUAAUAUAAUUGCUUCCUCCUGUUCUCUUAUUAUUAUAUUAUAUUGUCUAUAGGGCUCAUGACACAUUUCUAGUACACAAAACACUCUAAGCAUGGAACAAAAUGACAUGGUGUCUUCUUAGUUCGACAUAUCUUUAUUCACUCCACUGUUAGUCUACUUAUAUUGUGUGACACAAUGCUAAAAAGAGUUACAAGGGUUCAGAGCACCAUAUACAACUGGCAGACUGGCAACCCCAUUCACACACAAUGGAAUUUCACCUAAAGAACCCGAGCAGCAGAAUCCCUGGUCAAAGGCUUCCAUGUGCCCAACAAGGCUUCCUUCCCUUCUCUGCCUGUGUGCCCCAUUGUCCCCUGAAAUUCCCUGUCGUGGUCGGGAGAAUACCCAGAACAUUGGGGAAGGAGGAAUCAUUCCAUCUGGCAAGCUGAUACGCUUGUGCAGAUGGAACAUUCAACAUAGCACAACAUCGAAUUCCAUCCAAUAAAUAUGCAUGGUCCAAUGCAAUAUAAGGCUCGGCUUUGCCCACCCAUAGCCUGUGUUCUUUGUUUUCACUGUUUUGUUGGGAAUAUUGGGGUAUAGAUAAUGCAGCCCCUACAUAACCGUGGCCAUGACUUGAUAUGGCCCCAACAGACAUGACAGGAACACCCAUUCCUCUCCUUCCUGCUGCUUCCUGAGCCCUCCGGUCUGCUCCAGGAGGCCCCCCCCAACCCUCCGGGGCAGUGGAGGAGAGGAGGGAAGCCUUACUUGUGGGUGUCACUCUAUGGUUCUAUCUUUGGGGUUAUUCUACAUGUGGCAAAAGUCAUCCCAUUCAUCCAGCUAUGUUAUAAAUGUAAAAGAAACAGGUCAGGCAAAAGUUCCAAUUCAUACAUGCAUGUUGCUAAUUUGAUGGCUAGUGGCACUAAUCUGCAGCACAGGCAAAGCUUCCAGGUCACUUCCUGCUAUUUCACUUUUAAUUGAGAUGAAGUAGAAUACAUUCAUCUGGGAGUCAUCAAGCAAUUACAGAUUGCACAAGUAUGUUAAUCAUGCCAUUAGCCCCAAAUAUCUUACCAAUCUGUUAAAUUAUGUACUGUUAUUAAGAGAGAUGUAUUUAUAUUUAAAUAGUUAACCAUACUGGAAUGAGCUUUCAUGAUAUUACUUGCUGCGGUGGAUUAUAGUUUGCACUGAAAUUCAUUUUGUGAUAGAUUUAUCUCUCUCUAGUCUGCAUUUUCAGGGUAUAUUACCACCAAAUUUAUUAGGUCUCUCAGCUUUUUAAUGUUUCCUAGUAUGCAUUAAAGUGCAUUUCUCAUGGAAGUCACUGCAAAUACCAUUCUGUGUAAACGUUCAUUUUUAUUUAUUAAAUUUGUACAAUGUCCUUCAUUCGUAGAUCUCUGGGUGGUUCACAACAUAAAAAUACAAGAUAA